GACGGGAUUUGUAAAGCUGCGGCGCAUCUCCUACAUGCGUCUGCGCACUCACACGAUUGUACCUGCAUCGCUCAAGUUGGAGCAUUUCUUUGACACAUCCUCACGCUAACCCCCUGAUGCUAGGCCGCUCCUAGAAGCAGGAAACUGGGUCCUUUCUUCUCCCGCCAAGUGGACUAAAACCAAUCAGGUGGACGCGGCGGCGACAACAUGACUACCUCUGACAUUGUCGAAAGCUGGCUCUCUCUCGACACCGCUACAGAACAACAAGGGCCGCUUCGGAGCCCGGGUAAUGAGUUUCCUCUUCGGACUCUGCCCUCCCUUCCGUCAGAUUCCAGUCUGAGCGAUCACUCUGGAGACGAGCUCAUCGUCCCUCGCCCGAACGUUGCGAAGCUCAUACAUCCCCCUACCCCUACCAUGACGGAUGAGCAGACGGCUGCUCGAAGACGCUCCUCCUCCCUCGCCGGCGCCACAUUACCUCCCAAGCAAGACGCACAAAAGCACACCAGACGUCGCUCCGAACACAUUGCAGAAGAAGGGGAAGAAGACUUGUCGGAUGCAGAGCGCUCGGAAUCCGAAUCAAGGAGCGACAGCACCGACUUUGAGUUGGACGAUAUGAGUGCAGACGGCCUCGAGGAUGAUGAGGAGACGGGGCUCACAAAACGAGACAGGCGGAGAAGAAGACGGAGAAAGAGGCGGAACACACAGCUCGAUCAGCGUAUAGUGCCCGAGGACACGUACACCAAGGAGGAGAAGAAGCUAGCAGACCAGACCUUGCUCAAGUCUAUGCUGGUCAAUGGCCUCUUAAUAGGGCUAUGGUACCUUUUCUCGAUAUCGAUAUCCGUGUACAACAAGUGGAUGUUCAAGGAAGAGAAGGGCGACGGAGAUCCGCAGAACAUCUUCCCCUUCCCCCUCUUUACGACAUGUCUGCAUAUGGUUGUCCAGUUUUCGCUCGCUUCACUCGUACUGUUCCUGAUACCCUCCUUUCGUCCUCGACACGAUUCCCUCAACCCUCACGCACCGGGCGCGCGUGUAGAACCAAUAGACCCGAAGAAGCCGCUCAUGACGAAGUGGUUCUACUUCUCGAGGAUUGGACCAUGCGGUGUGGCAACCGGCAUGGAUAUCGGUUUGGGCAAUACGAGCUUGAAGUUCAUCUCGUUGACCUUUUUUACAAUGUGCAAAUCCUCCGCUCUUGGAUUCGUCCUCAUCUUCGCAUUUCUCUUCCGCCUAGAACAACCCUCCUGGCGGCUCGUCAUCAUCAUCCUCAUCAUGACUGUCGGCGUUGUCAUGAUGGUAGCCGGCGAAGCCGCCUUCCACGCCCUCGGUUUUAUCCUCGUCAUGGUUUCAGCGUGCUCAUCCGGAUUUCGCUGGUCUCUUACGCAGAUCCUCCUUCUCCGCAACCCCGCCACCGCGAACCCGUUUUCCUCGAUUUUCUUCCUUGCACCCGUCAUGUUUACCAGCAUCUUCAUUCUUGCGAUACCCGUGGAAGGCUUCUCUGCGCUCAGAGAGGGUCUUUCACACUUAUUCGAAACUAAAGGCACGGCUCUUGGCAUUGGCAUCCUGCUAUUCCCCGGCGUUCUGGCCUUCCUCAUGACAUCCUCCGAGUUCGCUCUGCUGAAGCGAACGAGUGUCGUCACUUUGAGUAUUUGCGGCAUCUUCAAGGAGGUCGUCACGAUUGGUACCGCAAAUUUGGUCUUUGACGAUCCACUUACGCCGAUCAACCUGACUGGACUCGUCGUCACGAUUGGAAGCAUCGCGGCAUACAACUAUAUGAAGCUUAAGAAGAUGCGAGAAGAAGCACGGAUGAAUGCACACUUGCAAAAUACUCAAGAGGAAUACGCGCCUGUGAGCACAGCAGAUCCAGAUCACCGUGACAGGAGAGGGAGCGUUGCCCACGCGCCUGCUAGGGGCGUGGUUAGGAGUAGCUUACAGCUGGCUCCUGGGUUCGUUGGUCCUCCCGCGCUGGAUAGCCCGUCGAGGGCAAGCCCAGUGAAGCGGCCGGAAGAUGUAGAGUAGCAUACACGGGUUCGACAUUGUAUUUGUCCCGAUAGAAGCGUACACACUUUGGAUUUCAUUGCAUCUAACAGCAUCAUGAGCGUUUCGACAUGGCAUCUGAAUUGGAUAAACGCGGGUUUGUUGCCCCAGAGAUAGAUAGAUACCCUUCUUCAGACUGGAAACAUAUGGCAUGCGUGUACCCAAGCAAAUAGCUGUGCGUCUUCUAAACCCCCUGGGAACAGACAUACAAGAUGGUCCC